UUGAAUAUGUAAUCAAAGAUUGUAGUGGACCUUUGGAAUUGACAUAAUCGGAAAUUCUAAUUAAAUACGUAUCAAGUAUUCAGAGCCGGAGCCGUUGCUUCAUUCAACUUGGGUCGAAACAAUUGCUAGGAGUAAUCGAGAAGUACACAUUACAUUCUGCCAAAGUUGACAAUCUACGAAAAAAUGAUUACUAAUACGGGGAAACUCGCUGGGCGUACGAUUUUUAUCACGGGAGCAUCGCGAGGCAUUGGAAAACAAAUUGCUCUGAAGGCAGCUCGAGAUGGUGCCAAUAUUGUUGUUGCUGCAAAAACUGCUGAUCCUCAUCCAAAAUUACCUGGAACCAUUUAUAGUGCUGCCAAAGAAAUCGAAGCUGCAGGUGGCAAAGCAUUGCCGUGUGUAGUAGACGUCAGGGAUGAAACACAGGUCAUUUCGGCAGUAGAGAAUGCAGUAAAAAAAUUUGGUGGAAUAGACGCUCUCAUUAAUAAUGCCAGUGCUAUUUCUCUGACGAGGACUUUGGACACAGAUAUGAAGCGAUAUGAUUUAAUGCACAACAUCAAUACAAGAGGAACAUUUCUCGUAUCUAAAAUAUGUCUUCCAUAUUUAUUGAAGAGCCCAAAUCCACAUAUUGUUAAUAUAAGCCCUCCACUUAACUUGGCGCCUCAUUGGUUUGCUCCUCAUGUUGCUUACACCAUGGCCAAGUACGGUAUGUCGAUGUGCGUUCUUGGUAUGGCGGAGGAAUUCAAAGAAAAUGGAGUUGCAGUAAAUGCAGUAUGGCCUAAGACAGCUAUACAUACUGCAGCUAUUGAAAUGCUGACUGGCCCGGAUUCUAGUAAUCACAGUCGAAAACCAGAAAUUGUUGCCGACACUGUCUACAGUCUACUCUGCAGAGAUUCACGGUCUGUAACAGGACAAUUCUUUGUAGAUGAAGAUUAUCUUAGAAAUGAAGGUGUCACAGACUUCACACAAUAUGCGUGUAACCCAGAAUACAAGGACAAGCUGAUGCCAGAUUUCUUCUUAGACAUUGAUCCAGUCACAAUCUUAGGAACUUUUGCAAAAGGAGGCGCAACCAAAGCACUGAAUGACCAAGCUGCCAGUAAAGAUACCAAGGUGACUGACUCAGGCGGCGAUAAAGUGCAGGAGAUAUUUACAGUUAUACAAGCUAACCUUAGCAGUGAGCUAGUAAACAAGACUGGAGCAAUUUUUCAAUUUAACGUCAAAGGAGACGAAGCUAGCACAUGGUUCAUAGAUCUGAAAAAUGGUAAAGGCACAGCUGGCAAAGGUGAGCCUGGGCAACCAGCUGACGCUACACUAACUAUGGACUCGAAAAACUUUUUUGCAAUGUUUGGUGGUAAACUGAAACCUGCAACAGCUUUUAUGACCGGUAAGUUGAAGAUUACUGGUAGUCUUCAGAAAGCAAUGAAAUUGGAAACUUUGAUGAAUAGAUUAAAAUCAAAGCUUUGAACGGAAAGAAAAUGUUAAUUGAUUUUCAUCAUUAUAGAAGAGGUGAACUGCCUAAAUUUUUUUUCACCAAAUGAUCACCUGUAAUUUGUGCGCGUGAUCUCACAAUUUAUUUCCAAAUAAAGUCAAGUAAUGAGAGGAUAAAUCAUGAUUCAUACAAAUAAAAAUGAAUUCGAAAAGUAAAAAAUAAUAAAAUAAUAAAAAAAUUCGAAAGUAAAGAAUAUAAUCUAUAAUUAGAUAAAGAAAGUGAAACGAAAAAGUUUUUAUAUAAACAAAUAAGCAAGGAUUUAAUUAAAAAUAUUUUAAAUCAUAUCCUAUAGAAAUAUGUAUACAUGAUAUAUUUUUUUACACAUCAACUGGAGUAAAUUUAUAUAUUUACAAUCAAUAAAGCAUUAUGUUGUGUUUGUUUUUUUACAUAUGCAGGGUGAUUUGUUUUUGACGGCCUACACUGACUGUAACAAUUUAAUUGUCAUUUGAUGAAUUAUUUAUUUCACGAUGAUGACGGGUAAAAACAUUAAACAAAUUGCGUCAAUUAUUUAUCAAAAGAAUGCUGCACAACUUAACAGACUAUUCAACUUGCUAUAUAUAUUAUAUAAUAUAUAUAUAAAGAUUUUCAUGAGCUGGCAUAAAUCAUUAUAUCAUAUUCAUUCGUCAUACAAUCAUUCAUAUAAAAUGCACCAAUUGGCCUAGUACGGUUGAUUUUAUUAAUUGGCUUUAGUUCUAUGAAAUUCAAAUUCUAUUUUUUCGAGGACUCUAAUUUAACUAAAUGGGUGAAACUAAGUUUAAUAGAGUUUUCGAAGAAAAAAUAAUAAGCAUACCAUUAAACAAAUCUUAUAUUAUUAUGCACUGAACUUAACUAAAGUGGCAACGAAGAUUAACAGACAAUAGCAUAAUCUAUCUACAAUUUGUUACCGUCGAUGUCAUUCGUUGAUGAGCAAUGUCCACAGGUCACGACGAUCUGUGUUUAUAUGUGAUAAACAUUUCCAGAGGGUUCGAUGAACAGUAGAUCAUUUUCAAUUGUAUUUAAAAUUCAUAUUUAAAUUUCGUUAUGUCGACGAUCAAAUUAAGUUCAAUUCAAUAGUAAUAAAUAAGUAAAUGGAAAAUUUGUGUACAACUCUAUGAGGAAUAUAUAAUGUAAUCAACACCAAAGCGUCUCUGGUCAAAGUGAAUUGCUUCUCUUACCUGGCUGGUCUACAUUGCCGCCUCAACCCAACAUCUAAUUUGACGCAGCGAUAUUUGAAUUUCACAAUUGGGUCAAUCCUGAGCAAUUUAUUUCCUGAUUAAUAUAAAUCAAAGUUGGUAAUUGACAAAAGCUGCAAUUUUCCCAUAAGCCUCACAAUAAAGUUUGUCUUGGUAAAUCGUGUGUUGAGGGUAUAUAUUAUAAUAUACCUGAUUUACUGAGAGUAGCGUGGAUGUUCAACAAAAUUGUAUGGACAAAGGCAUGGAUGUUUCAGCGACGUGAUUCUAUGCAUUCCCAAGAAAUGUACAGAGGUGCUUCAAUGUCACCGCAUAAUUUUUACCAUCAACCGUGUUUACAAGUUAAAUUAUAGAUUAGGUACUCUGGUU